AUGAACGACAUUGGUGUCCGAUUUCGCGGGCUUCUGCAGCGACCGUAUGAGCCUACGAUAGUGCCCAAGUCUAACGGUCAGCUGUACUUCGAUAUGCCCGAUAGUUACUUAACGGAAAACUAUCGACCGUUUGGACCCACAUUGCAGAACCGUUACAACACCAACGCUCCGACGCGAAUCUCUUUAGCGAACAUCACGCCGGAACCAAACCUGGCGUUCGCGGAUCCGGUGAGUCGGCGGGGGGCGUUUUCUGUGUUCCAGCCAACACACCAGCAAGCGGCGGCCAGCCUUAUCGAACUGUUCCUGAACCAAACGAACCCGGAAACGCUCAGCGCAAUGGCCGCUUAUACGCGUGAUCGCGUCAAUGGGCCCAUGUUCCAGUAUUCACUCUCCGUAGCCCUCAUGCAUCGUCCCGAUACGCGGAACGUAGAGAUUCCCAAUUUUCUGGAACUCUUCCCAGACCGGUACGUGAGUCCGACGGUGUUACCACAGCUACGGGAGGAAGGAAACUUGGUCGACCAGGACAGCAGGCGAGCGGUGGAAAUUCCGAUGAAUUUCACGGCCUCCGACCGGGUCGAUGAGCAACGGCUGGGCUACUGGAGGGAAGACAUCGGAGUCAACCUUCACCAUUGGCAUUGGCACCUGGUAUACCCGGCGCGUGGCCCAGAUCGUAUCGUGCGAAAGGAUCGACGGGGAGAGCUGUUUUACUACAUGCACCAGCAGACGAUGGCUCGCUACACCGCCGAGCGGUUUGCUAAUGGUUUGGGUCGCGUACGGCCGUUCAAUAACUUUCGAGAACGGAUCGCCGAGGGAUACUUUCCCAAGAUUACACGCAGCUCUGAUGGGAGGUCUUAUCCUUCGCGUCAUCCGAAUGAAAUUCUUAGCGACUUAAAUCGCGUUGAAGAUGGCGUUGUGGUUUCAAUAGCGAACAUGGAAACCUGGACGGCCAGGAUAUUCGAAGCCAUCAACAGUGGUUUCGCUCAGUCGGCCAACGGUCAACGUGUUCCUUUGGAUAACCAAGCUGGAAUCGAUUUGCUGGGCAACAUGGUCGAAGCGAGUACGUUAUCGGUCAAUCCGCAGCUCUACGGGGACUUGCAUAACAACGGACACAACAUGUUGGGCUACAUACACGAUCCAGAUAACUCUUUUCUGGAAGGGUUCGGUGUGGUAGGCGAUAAUACGACCGCAAUGCGUGAUCCGGUGUUUUACCGUUGGCAUCAACACAUCGAUAACCUUUUCGUGACACACAAGCAGCGGUUCAGUCCAUACGGUAGCAAAGAGCUACUGUACGCUGACGUGUCCGUCGACGACUUCGCCAUUGAGCUAAACAAAGCCAAUGCUCCGCCGAAUAUUCUUCUCACUUUCUGGCAAAGGUCGCAAGUAAACCUGGGCACAGGGCUUGACUUUGGUCCCGCUGGCAAUUUGUUCGCCACUUUUACCCAUCUUCAGCAUGCCCCGUUUUCCUACAAGAUCAAGUCCACGAACCGGGCUAACGAAACGCGCCGAGGAACCGUACGCAUAUUCGUGGGUCCCAAGACGGACGAGCUAGGCAACGCUAUUGCGUUCCCUGACCAGCGGCGUCUGAUGAUUGAAUUGGACAAGUUUACGGUGUCGUUGAACCCAGGGCUCAAUACGAUCAUUCGACGUUCCGAUCAAUCGAGUGUGACUAUUUCUUACGAGCGAACCUUUACGAAUGUGGCCGCAUCAGCUAUAACUCGCAACGACGCGAUACAAUUUUGCAACUGCGGUUGGCCUUCCCAUUUGCUGCUUCCUAAGGGAGGGCCCGGUGGUAUAGAGUAUGAGUUCUUCGUCAUGAUUUCCGACUACAGUCAGGACCGCGUUGAGGACUUCGAUGAAUCUGUGAACUGCAACGAUUCCCACUCAUUCUGUGGUUUACGUGAUCGCCGCUAUCCGGAUGCCCGGAACAUGGGCUAUCCGUUCGAUCGUUUUACUGCUCCCACCGUGGGAACUCUGGCACAAUUCAUAAAGCCAUACGGAAACAUGCGCACAACACCGGUGAAAAUUCGCUUUACGAAUACGGUGAUCGCGCGAUGGUUCGCGCAGGCUAGUGAGCGGACGAACCCGGGAAAGCUUAUUGCAGAAGCGCUCGACGUUGUAGCGUGCAAUCAGCUGUUGGUGCAUGUAGUAAAACAGCUCUCCUCGUCGAUCCUUUCGGACGACCGUAUCCGGGCCUUCUCCUGGGUAGACCAGGUGCCAAUGCCAAUGGUGCAGGUUGACUCCGAUAUCUUCUCGGAAGUACGCCAAACGCUGCUCGUCUUCGCGAUCGGAGGCGGUGUAGUUCAUCGGAAUAUCGAUCGUCAUCUAGAAGAACCAAGCAACCUGACAGACUACGUCAUCAUGUCUACGAUCGGUCACAAGUUUCGCGGAUUGCUGCAGCAUCCGUACGAACCAUUGUUUUUCCCGAAAAACGAAGGACAACUGUUGUUCGAUUUGCCCGAACGAUUCUUCACCGAGCGCUACCGUCCUAUCGGGCUAAAUUUGACCAAUCGGUUUAGUAUUGCACUGUCGGCUGGAGGAGCUAGUGGGACCGGUGCGGUGCCGCAACGCGUUGCCAUACCGGACAUUCCGGAGCCGAACCUCAAGUUUGCGGAAGACGUUCCCCGGCGAGGCGCAUUUUCCCUGUUCAUCCCGAAGCACCGCCGGAUCGCGGGACAAUUGAUUGAAUUUUUCUUGUCGCAGGCUGACGCCGACUCGCUCGUAGCAGUGGCCGCGUUUGCAAGAGAUCGCCUGAACGGUCCCCUGUUCCAGUACGCGCUAUCGACGGCGCUUCUCCAUCGCAGCGAUACGGAAAGUGUUCCCGUUCCCUCAUUCCUGCACCUCUUUCCCGACCAGUUCGUAGAUCCAGCCGUCUUUCCUAGGAUGCUCGAAGAAGGUCGUGCCGUCCUCGAACCGAACCGGAUGGCUGUGGAUAUACCGCUAAAUUACACGGCUUCGGAUAGAAUCACGGAACAGCGAAUGGCUUACUUCCGAGAGGACAUCGGUGUCAACUUGCACCACUGGCACUGGCAUUUGGUGUAUCCGGCCGAAGGCCCACCUAGUGUCGUGCAGAAGGAUCGACGUGGCGAGUUGUUCUACUACAUGCACCAACAGCUGGUCGCCAGAUAUCAAAUCGAUCGCUUCUGCAAUGGACUGGGAUUCGUUGCGGCGCUCGAUAGUUUGCGAGGUCCUAUCCCUGAGGCCUACUAUCCGAAAAUUAUACGGAGUGCCAACAACCGUACCUAUCCGGCACGGUACCGGAACAUGACGCUGGCGGACGUCGAUAGACCGGACGAUGAGCUGAGAGUAAUAAUCAGUGACGUCGAGCAGCAGCUACAGCGGGUGAUGGAAGCUAUCGAUGAAGGAUGGGCAGUCAUGACCAGCGGCCAACGCGUACCCUUGGACAACUUCAGAGGAAUCGACAUUCUGGGCAAUAUUGUCGAAAGUUCCGCAAUCUCGAUCAAUCCCCGGCUGUACGGAGAUACACACAACAGUGGACACGUUUUGCUCGCGUUCAUCCACGAUCCGCAGGGCGAGUAUUUGGAAAGUUUCGGUGUGAUGGGCGAUGUAACGACGGCGAUGCGUGAUCCGAUAUUCUACCGAUGGCACCUCUACGUGGACAGUAUUUUCCAACGGCACAAGAACCGCUUCUCGCCCUACACGGCCACCGAUUUGUCGAACCCCGGAGUGAACCUGGUAAAGUUCGAAACCGAGCUCGACAGGCAGCCGGCGGCGAAGAACAUGCUGCUAACCUUCUGGCAGCGGUCGCAGGUCGAUCUGGGGGCCGGACUUGAUUUUGGCCCGGAAGGAAACGCUUUCGUUACCUUCACGCACCUGCAGCACGCAGCAUUCAAUUAUCGCUUCCAGAUAACCGUAUCCGGGGCGGCACGCGACGGCACGAUCCGUAUUUACCUCGCUCCUACGCGCAACGAACGCGCAAGGCCUUUGUCGCUGGAGGAGCAACGGCGUAAUGCAAUCGAAAUGGACACGUUCCGGGUGAGCUUGAAAUCGGGUGUGAACAACAUACUUCGUCGAUCGGCGAACUCGAGUGUCGUAAUUCCCUACGAACGUACCUUCCGAAACGUCGCUCAAUCGAACGUAGGCGAUACGUCUUUCCGGUUCUGCGGCUGCGGGUGGCCCUCGCAUAUGCUCGUUCCCAAAGGAGACGCGUUCGGGGUGGAGUACGAUCUCUUUGCGAUGGUGUCAAACUACGCCAACGAUAAAGUUGAUCCUCAAUUCGAUGAAAAAAUGGGAUGCAAUGACUCACACUCGUUCUGCGGUUUGAAGGACAGGACGUAUCCCGAUGCGCGGAAUAUGGGCUUCCCGUUUGAUCGCCGCUUUCCCAACGCGGUCAGGUCAAUGGCAGACUUUGUCGCGCCUUAUCAAAACAUGCGCCUGGCGAGGGUAACGGUGCGCUUUACGAACACCGUUGUUGCGCGAACCUAA